UUUGUAAUUAAAGUUGUACAAAGUACAUGUAUCCACUGAACUAAAAUGCAUCCGUUUUGUGUUUUUGUGAUGUUUUUUGACACUUAAUUGUCAAGAUAACACGGUUAUCAUGGAGGGACAAGCGGCUUUAUUCUCGGAUCUUUGGACUUUCCUCGGAGUUUCUUCAAUUGCAGUAUGCGUGUAUGCUGUCGCACGUGCAAUGUCGCGGAGACGGUACCGUCUACCCCCAGGGCCGUGGGCAUGGCCAAUCUUUGGCAAUCUUCUGCAGCUCAAAGGAAAAAAGGGAAUUUAUUACGAUAUCAUAAUGUUUAGAAAAACAUACGGCGAUGUCUUUAGGUUGAAAAUGGGGGUCCAUGAAGUUGUGUUUGUGUUUGGAUAUGAAUAUGCUCAUGAAAUCUUAGUAAAAAACGGAGCUUUAACCACAAGACACCCGAACUGGAUGUACAUUCCAAAUACGAUCUUCAAAGGGAAAGGUAUUUUAUGGAGCAACGGUGAUACAUGGAAGGCUUUGCAAGACGUGCUGAAGUCGGCACAGGAAGAUUCUCGUGUGGUUACGUCUUUACAGCGCUAUCUAGCGGCAGAGUAUGACGUAUUCCAGUCACAUGUCAAAGACACGUCGUCUGCCUACGAUCUGGAAUUUCUUAUUAGAAAGACCUCUUUCAACUUUCUUUCUGCUUUCCUUUUGGGAAAAAGACACGGUCACGACGAUCCAGCUAGUAUGAAUGAAAUCAGGAACAGAUUGGCAGAAUUGUUCGCUUUCACACAAUCAGGCAAUCCGGAAAACUAUCUUCCAUUUUUGGCCAAUUUUGAGCGGGCAAAAAUUAACAGAGCUGCUGCUAAUCACGAGAUUUUAUUCAAUCGUUUCCGAGAAAUAAUUCAGAAAAAGAGAGACAAUCCCGAAGAUCCGCCGACAGAUUUCCUUCAGAUUUAUUUAUCAAACUACGCACAGGAAGGAUCGAAAAACGAUAUAUCUGAAGCCGACCUCCUACAGACUUUGAUUGACAUGUUUUCAGCGGGAGAAGUUAAUCUUUUUAUGAGCACAAAAUGGAUACUGAUGGCGCUAGUGAAGUACCCGGAAGUUCAGUCCAAAUGUAGAUCGGAAAUGCGCCAGGUGAUUGGCCAAGGUCAGAGAGUACAAUCCCAGGAUAGGUCAAGGACGCCUUACACCGUGGCAACCAUCAAAGAAAUUCAAAGAUUGUAUUCACCGGUGCCCUUCACGGUUUUCCACUGUCCGAUACAGGACAUCCAGGUUGGGGGAUACGAUAUCCCAAAGGACACGUUCAUGAUGAUCGAUUGCAAAUCUACGUGCCGGGACAGACAAGUCUGGAAAGAUCCGGAUAUCUUUAAUCCAGACCGCUUUCUUGGGAUCGAUUUGGAGGGGCAACUUCCAGAGAGGUGCUUCAGUCCUUAUGGAGCAGGGCCACGAUACUGCAUAGGAAAAUACGUAGCAGACAUAUUUAUGUACUCUCUUGUGGCAAAUAUUCUACAGAACUUCAAGAUUACAACCAAACACCCAGAGCAACCGUUGUCUUUUGAAGAUGUAUACUGCUUGUUCGGUCUCCAACCACUGCACUUUUCAGAAGUUACGUUGGUGCCCCUGGAAUGAAUGUAGACUAUGCCACAUAGAUAUUUUAUGUAUUGAGGACUACUAAAAAUAGAACAAUGCCUGAUUGUUUUAAGAAAGCAAAAUUAAUGUAUCAUACAAAGGAUACUGAACCAUUUGACCAAUCCGAACCAUCAUAUUCUACUUGGUUUUCAUGUACAUAUUUAAAAAAGGGACAUUAAUUAACAUAUACGUAUCAUAAUUUGAUAUCUCUCGUAAAUACUUUUCGACAGCCUUUGUGGAUAUCCGAAAGUUUUAUUUAUUUGUUCAAAGAAGUUCGAUAAUAAAGAUAUUUUUCUAUCGUUUUGUACGAAAUAAUCUUUAUUUUAACAAAUCAAAAUAAGACUCGUACCCGGGACUUUCCGAAGUGCAAGCACGAAACUUCGGAAGGCCUUCGGAACCAGCCUAGAUAAAUAUAUACAUUUCUAAAACCAUUCGAUUUCUUGUGGUAAUGUGACGAACUUUCUGAUUAAAUUUGAUAAAAUCUUAUAAAAACCAAGAAGAAUAGGGGCGCACAAAGCCUGUUUAACCCCUUUGGAAUAUAAUGAACGACGAAAAAGUGUGUAUCGACCAAAUAAAUGUUUGUUGCUAUA